UAAGGCAUAGAGGGCUAUAGACUGAACAUACAUGGGUCAUAAAGGAUUCGAAGAAGUAGAGGAGAAGGACGCGUAACAAAUACUCUGCAAUAGGGUUAAACGACGUUGUUGAUAUUAGUCUAAGUGCCCGGUCGUAAACGUAGAGCGUGUGCCGUCUUUCAGACUAUGAGAUAUAGUGCGCGUCGGUGUAGUGAUUGGAGCCUUGCACGACAGCAAUGAGUUCCAAAUUUAUCAUUGAUAGUAUGUUACCUAAGUACCAUCAACAAUUCCAUCAUCAACAAUUGUUUCAAAGUCCAGUCAGCACUUCCUCCAUCGAAGCCAGUUUAGCGUCCGUCGUCAACUACAGUUCUUCAGGCUCACCGAGCGGUUCUUCUCCUCAACAUUCAAACAGUAGCGCUUCGUCGACUUCACCCGCCUCCAGAAUGUACCCUUACGUUUCAGCAGCGACGGCAGCGGCCCAUCACCACCAUCAACAACAAGCGGUGGCCGCAGCAGCCUUCGGAGCCGCUGCCGCUUCGGGAAGCAUGGUUCCCGGCGGAUUCCCUUCAAGUGCCAGCACCGCCGCUUUGGCAGCGGCCGCAGCAGUAGAUGCCGCCGCCGACAAGUCCUGCAGAUACACCGCCGGCUUAGCUGGCAAUGUCGGCCCUACAGAUUCCAUGGUAAACUACACAUUGGGCCACCAUCAUCAAAACGGGGCUGCAGUUUCAGCGGCAGCUAGUUCUGUUAGUGCAGCAUCCGCCUCCAUGGCAGUGGCGGCACAAUUCUACCACCAGGCAGCCUCCGCAGUCGUAGAUCCAUUGACUUCUUGUUCACAGACCACCGCUCCCGGCGGACAGCCCAUUCCAGAUAUACCCAGAUAUCCCUGGAUGUCAAUCACAGACUGGAUGAGUCCCUUUGAUCGGGUCGUCUGUGGUGAGUACAAUGGUCCAAAUGGUUGUCCAAGACGACGAGGCCGACAGACAUACACCCGCUUCCAGACCCUAGAAUUAGAAAAAGAAUUUCACUUCAAUCACUACCUAACCAGAAGGCGACGCAUCGAAAUCGCCCACGCUCUCUGCCUAACGGAGCGACAGAUAAAGAUCUGGUUCCAGAAUAGACGGAUGAAACUUAAAAAGGAACUGCGAGCCGUCAAAGAAAUCAACGAACAAGCGAGGAGAGAGCGAGAAGAGCAGGAAAGACACAAACAGCAACAGCAAGAGAAGCAACAGAAGAUGGAUCAGAACAUCCACCAGCACCACCACGACCCGAUGAAAAUGAACAUAGAGAAAUCGGGUAGCUCGGAUCUUCUCAAAGCAGUGUCGAAGGUUCCGACAUAAAGGAGUUUUUAACGGUGAUAGGUUUUUUGACUUUGUGUUAUAUAUACGUAGAUCAAAGUGAUUAUGUCGAUGAAAAAUCGGACUUCUGGAAAGCGGUUUCUUCGAGAUUGUAUCAUUAGUUGCGAUAUUAUUUUAGUGAUGGUCGCUUUAUAGAAAUCACUUCCUUCCUUUGUUAUUCCACAACUCUUGCUUAAAUUAGUUUCACUGAAAAGCAUCAAAUGCUACUUUCUCCAAAUAAACUAUUAAAAUGUAUUUAUACUUAAAGAAAGAAAACUCAUUUCCAGAGUGUUUUCAUCAGCACAUUAUAAAAUGAUAACUGAAACGAUAUAAUGAGAUGGAUUCUAUUACUUUAUUUUAAAAUUUUUUCUUUCUCGUUAGUAGUACAUAAUACAUAUUUUCUUGUAGUUAGUCCAACUAAAUCAUCUAGCAAAUAUUAAAAAAAUUAUAAAAGUUAAACAUAAAAGAAAUGCCAGAAAUUGAUGAAACACUUUUUCUUAACCAAGAGCUUAAACAAGAGGUUUGUCUAUGUUUUUGCCUUUAGAAUUUGGUCUAAUUUGUCAUGUCUACUUUGUCAACUGAUGUGCUAAUCAAUGGUUCCUUGUUUUAAUCAAUCAAUGUUUCCUUAUAUCAAGAAGUUCUUCAGUCUCUUUUUUAUUGGUACUAUUAAUGAGAUCAUAUUCCUUGUUCGUUCUACAUUGUACUUGUUGCUUUAUUGAGUACAUUUUCGAGAGAUAUAGUCCGUCCGCUACAACUUUUUCCAUGCGGUACGAUUCAUUUUCAAUCAAAUUAAGUCAAAACAGAAAGUGAAACGUACGCCGAUGUGUGUAGUAUAUAGUAUACAGUAUACAAAAUGUAUAUACACAUAGACGUUCGUUUCAAUUUAUGUUUUGACUUAAUUUGAUUGAAAAUGAAUCGUGCCGCAUGGGAAAAGUUAUAGCGGACGGACUAUACGAUUGAUUGGUAAUUUCUACACUAAGGUUAGGAUUGCUCAAAAAAAUUACGGUGUCAGUUGUCAAUAUUAAUUUCCAAUUCAUAAAUUUUCCAUAAAAUAUAUGUGUUAUUCGUUGAGAACCGUAGAUAUGUUCUUCAACAUAAAAAAAUGAUUUCGUGUUUCAUCGGUCAAUCACAAGCAACAUAAUGAAAAACUCUUGCCAGUAUGUCACAAUAUUAUAAGACAACUAGCAAUUAGUCUGCGUUAAAAUUAUUCUAGCGCUUAAAUUUAAACAUUUACCUACUAUCCAUAUUAGUGUUGAGUUAACUUAUUUCCCAUAUGUUUCAUCAGUUUUACGUGCAAUAAUAACUGUUAUUUAAAAAACAAUUCAUCUUGGUAAUGAUUCAUGAGAUUUGCGAAAUUGUUUACAUUGGACAAACGACAUAAUAAAAUUAAAAAGAAUGUAGAAACAUACAAAGACACGAGCAAAUUUUGACAAGUUUUAAAAACAUGAGUAUCUCCAGUGAGACGUUUAAGCAACCGAUUUGUGGAAAAAUGUACUAAGUGAUUUCAAAUUUGACCAACAAACUGACUUUGCUGCUGUUGUCCGUUUGAGUUGUUGCGUUCACUUAUUCGAACUUUUCCGUGAAAAAGUGUUGCGCUGAUUCUACCAGCAGUUUUUUUAGUCCGUUCUUUGACGGUAAAAUUUUAACUUUCUCUAAAUUUUAAAGAACCGCUUGGAUUUACAUGAAAUUUGGAUGCACAUCGCUAACAAGUCGAGGAAAAAGUGAUAUUGUGCCGACGUGUGCUUUUGCCCUGGGGGUGAGUUUCACCCCUUUGCGGGGGUGAAAAAAUAUACGCGUAAAAUAAGUCCGGAAAUGGAUAGACUGUCUAAUUUUAAGCAACUUUUGUUCUAUAGAGUUUUUUCAACAAGUCAAUACUUUUCGAGUUAUUUGCGAGUGAAUAUGUUCAUUUUUCCACAAAAUAACCACGUUUUUAGACGGUUUUUCGCAGAUAACUCAAAAAGUAAGUAUUUUGUCGAAAAAAAAUAUUCUAAAAAAGUGAAAAAAAUGGUGUAUGUAUUAGAUCUCUAGACCUAGUAGAAGCAGAGUUAUAGCUAAUGAAAAAUAGGUUCAUUUUCGUCAAAUUCCAAAUCGAAUAUUUUAACGUGAAAUAAGCAAAAAAUGAAGCACUUUUUGGGGAAAACUCAUUACAACUUUUUUUAAAGUGUUUAAAAGAAUAAAGUUGGUCCCUUCUUUUUGGUAAAAAAUCGGGAAAAUCACCCCCUAAUUAGCAUCUUAAAUUAACUUAUUCGUUACCACUUCAGAAGUUGCUUUACUGGUGUAUGUAUUGUUUAUAUGAUCUGUAAGUUUCAUCUGUAGUUGAAAGGGCUUGAACGAGUCACUAAUCACGAGGGUAUGCAAAUUUAGAAACACCAAAUCUUAACCAAUCUUUGUCUUGCAGUCAAACAAAAAAAUACAAUAUAUUCAGAAAAGCAAAGCCGACUUAUUUACUGUUUGAGAUUUUUGGUACCUCUAAUAAUUUUUAAGAUAUUUUAAAAAAAGGAAUUUUUGUCAAAUUUAAAAUUUUUAAAAAUUUUACUUUAAAACCAAAUUCUUUCAAAAAUAGUUGUUCAAAAGCACGCUGAAUCGAUGAAACUUACAGACUAUAAAAACACAACAUAAGUAAAGCAACUUGUGAAGAGGUAAUGAUUAAUUUCAUUUAAGUUGCUAAUUAGGGGGUGAUUUUCCCGAUUUUUUUGCCAAAACAAAAGGGACCAACUAUAUUUUGAGCGUAACUUGCGUACAUUUGAUGCUAGAAUCUUUUUUUUAUAAAA